UGAAUUUACAGCGCCGUCGCUGAAAGUUUCGAGGCCAUGCAAGUAGCCUACUCUGCAGUAGUUUGGAUACCGAAGGAAGUGACGGGACUGAAUGAGAAAAAUAGAAAAAAAAUACGAGGAUAAAAACAGAAAGCAGAAUACGAAGUAACGUGCUGUGUUACGGUCAAGAGAGAGUGUGUGGUAUACUACAUCGCGUAUGAUUCUGAUAUGCAUGGAAGUCGGGCUGGGUAAAGUUUUGUAAUGGUUACAAAGUAGCUGUGAAAUGAAAAGCCGAGAUUGAGGUUUUAAUCGAGGUGGGUUUACCUACGCGUAUGGAGUCGCGUUAAUGUUCGUACAAAAUACAUCACUCACGUCAUGAAUUCUAGUUUAAAGGUAUGGAAGACGAACAAUUGCUUGGAUUUCAUUUUUUUUUUUUUUUACAAAGAAUAAAUAGCAAAAGGGCUAUCUGAAACGGAAAUGCAACUAAAUAAUUAGCUAGUGAUAUUGAAUAGAGACCGUUGGAUUUCACCUGGACUUUAGUAUUUUUCCUCUGUCAAGUUCAGUUCUGCGUCUUCUGGAAUGUUUGGGAGUUGUGUUCUACCGGUUUCAGCUCGGAUAAAUGCAUUUCUCUGGGCACUAAUAUUUUUAACAACGUUUGGACUUUGUUCAGAGCUGAAGGUUCGAGUUCGUUUAGCUGAUGGACAAAUCACAGAGGAAGUUCUAGAAGCAGACAGUGAAAAAGACUCCAUCACACUUGAGUUCAAACAGGGAGAUGGAACUCUCAUAACAUUUGUCGCUGACUUCAAACAGGAUGUGAAGAUUUUCCGGGCGCUCAUCCUUGGGGAGCUGGAGAGGGGCCAGAGUCAGUACCAGGCCCUGUGCUUCAUCUCGCGCCUCAACCACAACGAGUUCAUCCCCAGCGAGUCCAUGGCCCGACUCAGACAGAAAAACCCUCACGCCAUCCGCAUGGCAGAGGAGAGGCGGGGCCACGACCAGCUGACCAUGAACGUGGCGCUGAACCUGAGCCAGGCGUGGCAGCUCAGCAGCCACAUCUACAACAUGUGCAGCGAGGCCCGGGAGGCCAUCUACACCCGGGAGAGGGACGUCCAACAUUGGCUGGAGAGAGGAGUGGAGGGCUCCGUGUUUGAGACCCUGCCCCAGACGGUGGACGUGGUCCCGGUCCUGCUGUCAUGCCGCUCUACGAGAGACGUGUGGCAGCCCUGCUCCUGCAGCUUCAGCCUGCGGCUGGAGUGGUACCCCUGCCUGCUCAAGUACUGCCGCAACCGCGACACCACAGGCAAAGGCAGCCCCUACAAGUGUGGCAUCAAAAGCUGCAGCAAAGGCUACCACUUCACCUACUAUGUCCCACACAAACAGCUCUGUCUCUGGGAUGAGGAGACUUAGCAGUACACUAGCCGUGUGGUCAGACUCCCCCCCCCCCAAACAAACCAAUGUUUUUCUUGUACUCCCUUAUUUAAUUUGGACAUCAGUUCAUCCCAAAACCAUUGGGCUGCAUCCUGUCGUGAGAUGAUAGUAGUUUGAUGCCUUACAUGGGGAAGGUUGAAAUUGAGACCAAAACCUUUUUUUGCGACAGGAGCUAUUUUCUCUCAAUAACUCUAUAGGGGACAUUUCCUAUAGUUUGGAUAUGAUGCCUCCGAAGUGUCCAGGUACCUACUGUGACCCUAAAUGACUCUUGCACGUUUGUGCCAAUGUUGGGGAAACAUCUCAAUAUGGCGCAGCUAAUAAAAAUGACGACAAGAACCUCCUCUCAUAAGGACACGUUUAUGCAUACGGCUGGACAGUGCAGCUUCUUUUCUACAUUUCUUGCCCCGUGGGAUGACUGGUGAAGGAACAACGUUCCCAUUAUGUUGUCACAGGAAACCGUGGGAUCGGAACGGUCAGUUAGACAAUGACUUAUGACAUCAAUAACACAGCUUUAGCCAGCUCCCUUCCUGGUCGAUGGCAAGUCGUGUUGCACUCGAUAAUGUUUCUCUGAUGCUGGCAUUAUUUAUUUGGUUGCAAGGUGAAAUUAUACAAGAUUCUUAUGUCUAAAAUGACUCAUCUUUAAAAAGUUUUAUCUUCAUCA